AUGGAGCCAGCACAAGGACUUAAUUAUUUGCUUGUGUUACAGAAGGCAAUAGACCUUGCUAUUAAGGCAGCACAAGAAGAUAAAGCAGGAAACUAUGAGGAAGCCUUUGACUUGUACCAGCAGGCUGUGCGGUAUUUCCUCCAUGUUGUUAAAUAUGAAACACAGGGUGAUAAAGCAAAACAGAACAUUAGAAUGAAAUGUGCAGAAUACUUGGACAGAGCAGAAAAGCUGAAAGAAUAUCUGAAAAAGAGAGAAAAAGCUGCACCAAAACAAGUUAAAGAGUCUGGUCCUACUGAUGGAAAAGGGAAUGACAGUGAUGGGGAAGGGGACUCAGAAGACCCUGAAAAAAAGAAGCUACAGAAUCAACUUCAAGGAGCCAUUGUUAUGGAGCGACCAAAUGUCAAAUGGAGUGAUGUUGCUGGCCUUGAAGGUGCCAAAGAAGCACUGAAAGAAGCAGUGAUCUUGCCCAUUAAAUUUCCACACCUGUUUACAGGAAAGAGAACACCCUGGAGAGGGAUUCUCCUGUUUGGACCACCAGGAACAGGAAAGUCUUAUUUAGCAAAAGCUGUGGCAACAGAAGCAAACAACUCGACCUUCUUCUCAGUAUCUUCCUCUGACCUUGUCUCAAAGUGGUUAGGUGAAAGUGAAAAAUUAGUGAAAAACUUGUUCCAGCUUGCCAGACAAAACAAACCUUCUAUUAUCUUCAUUGAUGAGAUAGAUUCCCUCUGCGGGUCAAGAAGUGAAAAUGAAAGUGAGGCUGCUAGACGGAUAAAAACAGAAUUCCUAGUCCAGAUGCAAGGGGUUGGUGUUGACAAUGAAGGAAUCUUGGUCUUGGGAGCGACAAACAUACCCUGGGUUUUGGAUUCUGCUAUCAGGAGAAGGUUUGAGAAGCGUAUUUACAUCCCCUUACCGGAAGACCAUGCCAGGGCCGCCAUGUUCAAACUUCACCUUGGGUCAACUCCCAAUCUCCUGACAGACUCAGAUUACCGGGAGCUGGGAAAGAGAACUGAAGGUUAUUCUGGUGCAGAUAUCAGCAUCAUUGUACGGGAUGCACUGAUGCAGCCUGUUAGAAAAGUGCAAUCAGCUACUCACUUUAAAAAAGUAAAAGGACCAUCAGUAUCUAGUCCAAACACCAUGGUAGAUUUGUUCACCCCUUGCUCACCAGGUGACCCUGAAGCCAUAGAAAUGACAUGGAUGGAGGUUCCAGGUGAUAAAUUACUGGAGCCUCAAGUUUCCAUGGUGGAUAUGCUUAGGUCUCUAGCUAGCACUAAACCAACAGUUAAUGAACAGGACCUGGAGAAGUUAAAGAAGUUUACAGAAGACUUUGGUCAAGAAGGUUAAACCAAAGAUACAUGUGGAGCAUUAGAACUUUUUUUGCUUUAAGUAUUCUUGUGUGUUGAUGGCACUUAAAAUAAGUGCCAAUAAAAUCACUCCUUUCUUACUUUGCAGAAGGAAUAGAAGAUACCUUUGCAAAGACUCUGAAGCUUUUGUAAUGUGUUGUUUUCCUCAGAUAUCUAUUAAAUGUCUAUUGAAAAAUAAUAUGAAAGUACAAUUUUAGAAUGAGACAGCAAAGUGAUGUAGUAAUGUCUAUUAAAUACUAGGAAACUUUACAAUUUUAGGUAUUAGACCUGGGUAUAAGUAAAUUUUAAACUCCCAGUAGGCUCAAAAACCCCAUUUUUGAGGGGUGGAAGGGAAAAUACUUGUUGGAUGGUUUCAGCACCAGUCAGUAAGCCUACAUAUUAAUUGCUCAUUUAAUUUAGAAAAAUGCAACAAAAUUUGCUGAUGAAGCAUACUGGAAGUGUAGGUCCACUGUCAAAGUAAGAAAGAAAACACUGUAAGAUUACGUGGGUCGGUACUUUGUUUAAAUACUGGUGGAGCUGGUAUUUGGCUUUUUCUGCUAUGCUGUAUGAAAAUUUUGCCUUACAUGGCAGGCUCUUGU